AUGGCCGACAUCAAGACGGGUAUCUUCGCCAAGAACGUUCAGAAGCGACUCAACCGGGCGCAGGAAAAGGUCCUUCAGAAGCUUGGGAAAGCUGAUGAGACAAAAGAUGAACAGUUUGAAGAAUAUGUCCAGAACUUCAAACGACAAGAAGCAGAGGGUACCAGACUUCAGCGAGAACUCCGGGGAUAUUUAGCAGCUAUCAAAGGCAUGCAGGAGGCCUCCAUGAAGCUCACUGAGUCACUCCAUGAAGUCUACGAGCCUGACUGGUAUGGGCGAGAAGAUGUGAAAAUGGUUGGUGAGAAAUGUGAUGUACUGUGGGAAGACUUCCAUCAAAAACUAGUAGAUGGGUCCUUGCUGACACUGGAUACCUAUCUGGGCCAGUUUCCUGACAUAAAGAAUCGCAUUGCAAAGCGGAGCAGGAAGCUGGUGGAUUAUGACAGUGCCCGCCACCAUCUAGAAGCUUUGCAGAGCUCCAAAAGGAAGGAUGAGAGUCGGAUCUCUAAGGCAGAAGAGGAAUUUCAGAAAGCACAGAAAGUGUUUGAAGAGUUUAACGUCGACUUACAAGAAGAGUUACCAUCAUUAUGGUCAAGACGAGUUGGAUUUUAUGUCAAUACUUUCAAAAACGUCUCUAGCCUUGAGGCCAAGUUCCAUAAGGAAAUUGCAGUGCUCUGCCACAAACUGUAUGAAGUGAUGACGAAACUGGGCGAUCAGCACGCUGACAAGGCCUUCACCAUUCAAGGAGCCCCCAGCGAUUCAGGUCCUCUCCGCAUUGCAAAGACGCCAUCUCCGCCCGAGGAGCCUUCACCCGUCUCAAGCCCGGUAGCUAGUCCGAAUCAUACGCUAGCACCUGUGUCUCCUGCACCAGCACGGCCUAGGUCACCUUCACAGACGAGGAAGGGGCCUCCUGUCCCACCUCUGCCUAAAGUCACCCCAACAAAGGACCUGCAGCAGGAGAAUAUCAUCAACUUCUUCGAGGACAACUUUGUUCCAGAAAUCAGUGUGACUACGCCUUCCCAGAAUGAAGUCCCUGAAGCGAAGAAAGAGGAGACUUUGCUGGAUCUGGACUUUGACCCAUUCAAGCCUGAGGUAGCAUCUGUGGGUUCUGCUGGUGUGACCCACUCACCCAUGUCUCAGACAUUGCCCUGGGACCUAUGGACGACCAGCACUGAUUUGGUACAACCGGCCCCUGGUGGUUCCUUUAAUGGAUUUACCCAGCCCCAGGAUAUAUCAUUAUUCACAAUACAGACAGACCAGAGUAUGAUCUCUAACUUGGUUGUGCCCGGAGCUGAUGCUGAUGUGGCUCCUGGAACCUUGAUGUCGGCAGCUGAGGGCUCCCUGGUAGAGGAAGCAGAGACAGAGAAGGCAGCUCUCCCUGCUGAUGAAGAAAUACGUUUAGAGGAGGCCAAGGUUGAUACUGAAACCACAGAGGCUGUGGAUAGUGACAGACCUCUUUCAGAAGAAAUGGAAGUUGCAGUGCCUCAGGAGAAGGUCAUCCCUUCUGUGAUCAUAGAGCCCGCUUCCAACCAUGAAGGGGAAGGAGAACUCGACAUAAUCGUUGGCGCAGAAGCCAAAGAGGCAACUGAUGAGGCAGCUAUCCUGGGCUCCACCAGUGAGACAGUGCCUGCCAUGGACCAGAAGGCCCAGGAGGAUGCUCCACUUGCCCCCUCGGCACCGGCUGGAGACGCUGACCAGUCAGGACCUGUACGCGACACCUCUCAGGAAUUGCCCCCUGGCUUUCUCUAUAAGGUAGAAACACUGCAUGACUUUGAGGCAGCAAAUUCUGAUGAACUUAACUUACAAAGGGGUGACGUGGUGCUGGUGGUCCCAUCGGACUCAGAAGCUGACCAGGAAGCAGGCUGGCUGGUGGGAGUGAAGGAGUCAGACUGGCUUCAGUUCAGAGACCUUGCCGCCUACAAAGGCCUCUUCCCAGAGAACUUCACCCGGCGCCUGGAUUAGGGCCAAAAGUAUUGCAGAAAGUACUUGGCUACUGGGUUUUGAAACCUUCAUGGAAACCUGAAGCAUUCACUUUUGCUGUUAUAUUAUUAACGAUUUACAGACUGAUGCCAGACAAAGUUUGGAAAGACAUCUCAAAGGAGCAUGUGUGCAAAACAAUGUAAAAGAGGAAAAAAAAAAAAAAAGUGAAUUAAGGAAAAAAGUCCUCACUCAUUCCCACAUUAUCGAUAACAGGUUUGUUUGUGCUUUGUCCAAGCUGUGGUGACUCUUGUACUUGGUUCCCUCCCACCACUUCUAAAUUACCUUCCUCCAGACCAGAACCAGAAUUUCCCUGCACCAGGUGUGUGGCCUUGAGUGGCUGCCCUGCAGAAGACAUGAUGAGUUACCCUGUAGUCUGAGAUGAUCUUAACCCCCCACGCCGGUGUGAGCACAGGCUCGCUCCCUGUCAUCCUUUCCAGUUUACUGUGUUUAAAACCAAACUGCUGCACAAGUUUUCAAUGUUCUUUUCUAGUGCAACUACAUAUAUCUGUGUAUAUAUGCA